CAUUUGCCCAAACGAGACAACAGCACAGUAUAGUUAACAAUUCAGACUUGCCAAUUGCUCCUUCCUGAAUUCUGAUCGCAGAUCGCCAAGAAUGAAGGACGACGACGACGAUGCUCUCCUCUCGCCGUCGAUUCUACCCCCAUUGACCACAAUUGCUUCUCCUUUGCAACCCUUGGAUGAUUCCAGCCGUCAGCUCAAGCCAACUCCAACCAAAACCUCUCGUUUCGAGCUUCCCGGAGGUUGGGAGGUUCAAUAUGUGCCUCGGGCCAUCGGCAAACACGUUGACAAGUAUUACUUUGAGGAAGGUUCUGAUAGGAGGUUCAGAUCUCUGAAAGAAGUUGAGAGAUACGUCCGUGGUCAGGAAAACAUAACUUCAAAGAAACCAUAUAAAGCACACAAGCAUAUCAGUAAAUCUGGUCAAAGGAAGAGGGCUGUCUCAGGGAGGAUGUUGUUGAAACUGGACGAAAUAUCCGACGAAGAACAGUUAACCAUUGAAAAUCCUUCUAGUGCUGCAGGGACAUCGCACUUUGCACUUCCUGUUGGUUGGGUUGUUAAGGAAGUGCCGAGUAAAUACCAAGGACUGACAACCAAGUUCUACUAUGAGCCAGGGACUGGUCAAAGGUUCCGGUCGUUUAGUGCUGUUAGGAGAUAUAUUUCAGAGAAGAAUGUUGAGAAGAAUAUUGAGAAUAAUAUUGAAAAUGCUCCUCUGGCCAAGAUGUUCGAGUUGGGCAGUGGUGUUAAGAAACCUCGUUCAAAGAAGAAGAUUUCUGAGCGCAAGAUAGAUGGUCCGACAUUGGAUUUUUCCAGAACACCAGCUAAAAUAAACUGGAUACUUGAUGAUUCAGUAAAUGGUAAAUGGAAUGCUUUAAUUGGUCAAUCAAUGGUACCAGAACCCAUAAGACAACUGUGGGAGGAGAAAUUCCAGUCAUCGAUCAAUGGCAAUGACGAUGGCAUGGCCAGUGCCAUUGUAGGUAGGUAAUAGAGAACGAGAUGAAUAGUGAUGGACCAAAAUUUUCUGCCCGACAUUAUUGGGCUGAUUCAUUUUUACAGUUUUAUUGUGUUGACCAUGUAAAUUUAGUGAGACAAUUUUCUGUAUACCAUAAGACCAUGGCAUCAAUUAG